GGAGUCUGUGCCACAGGGAAACGGGUCCCUCAGCAGGAAGUGAAUCGCGUUCACUGCCGUGCUCAGUCUGCUGCCUGCGGGCCGCUCGCUCCACGGGGUCCCUUGCAAAAGCCCCCAGUUGCUGGGGCUCCAGCGCCCCGGCUGCACAAGGGAGAGGUUGAUAUCGAGGGAGCAACAUCCCUGCUGUUUCCCAACAAGACAGUCUCCUAGUUCAGAGACCCCCCAACCUGCCCAGGGCACCCUGACCGGGAGGAUAGACCUUCCCCUCCCCAAAGAGCUGGGGGGACCCCCCAUUUCAGGGGGCACAGCGUAGAGCAAAGUGCAGGGACUGACUCCUGUCUGGAUUGUCUCUCUGUCACAUCAGGUGAUGGGAUGGUGAGUGAGAACAAGGAGGUGCACCUCAGCAGGAAGGUCCUGAGCAAAUGGAAGCACAGAGAACACUAUCGGGAAGAUCUGAAGGGGAUGUUUCCUGGAGUCCUGAGCAGGGAGAAGCCUGCGGAAAUCAGCACAGGCCAGAGGUGCAGCAGGGAACCUCCUCAGGGGAGAGACAACAGGGUAAAUCCAGUGACCAAGGGGUUGGUUUGAAGGACCUUCCUGAAGACAUGAUCCAGCCAGGAAUCUGCACUAAAGGGAAACCAUAUGAAUGUGCUGAGUGUGGAAAAAUCUUCAGUAAUGACUCAUCCCUGAUUGUUCAUCGGCGAGUCCACACAGGAGAGAGACCCUAUAACUGCUCGGAGUGUGGGAAAUCCUUCACUCGGAGCUCCACCCUUAUUGUGCAUCAGAGAGUGCACACAGAAGAGAAACCCUAUAAAUGCCCCGACUGCGGGAAAAGCUUCAAGCGGAGCUCAACCCUUAUUUCACACCAGAAAAUCCACACAGGAGAGAGACCUUAUAACUGCCUGGAAUGUGGGAAAAGUUUCAAUCAAGGCUCAAACCUAAUUAAGCAUCAGAGAAUCCACACAGGAGAGAGACCCUAUAACUGCCUUGAGUGUGGGAAAAGUUUCAUUCGGCACUCACACCUCAUUAGACAUCAGAGAAUGCACACUGGAAAGAUACCCUAUAGGUGCCCUGACUGUGGAAAAAACUUUAGUGACAGCUCAGCUGUUGUUAGACAUCAGAGGAUCCAUACUGGAGAGAGACCCUAUAAAUGCCUUGAGUGUGGGAAAAGCUUCAAGCAGAGCUCAGACCUCAUGAAUCAUCAGAGAAGCCACACAGGAGAAAAACCCUAUUACUGCCCUGAGUGUGGGAAGGGGUUCAGUCGGAAGGCUCACGUUAUUUCGCACCAGAAAAUUCACAGGCCAGAGAGGUCCUUUAACUGCCUCGAGUGUGAGAAAAACUUCACUAGGAGCUCUGACCUCAUUAGACAUCAGAAAACCCACACCAGAAAGACACCCUAUAAAUGUUCUGUGUCUCGAAAAAGCUUCAAGCAGAGGUCAGAACGUAUUUCACAUCAGAGAGCCCACACAGCAAAGAGAAACUAUAAAUGUUCUGUCUGUGGGAAAAGCUACAAGGUGAAGGUCUCUCUAAUGUCCCAUCAGAAACUCCACACAGGUGAUGGGAUGGUGAGUGAGAACAAGGAGGAGCAUCCUCAUCAGGGAGGUCCUGAGCAAAUGGAAGCACAGAGAACACUAUCGGGAAGAUCUGAAGGGGAUGUUUCCUGGAGUUCUGAGCAGGGCGAAGCCUGCGAAAAUCAGCACAGGCCAGAGGUGCAGCAGGGAACCUCCUCAGGAGAGAGACAACAGGGUAAAUCCAGUGACCAAGGGGUUAGUUUGAAGGACCUUCCUGAAGACAUGAUCCAGCCAGGAAUCUGCACUAAAGGGAAACCAUAUGAAUGUGCUGAGUGCAGAAAAAUCUUCAGUAAUGACUCAUCCCUGAUUGUUCAUCGGCGAGUCCACACAGGAGAGAGACCCUAUAACUGCUCGGAGUGUGGGAAAUCCUUCACUCGGAGCUCCACCCUUAUUGUGCAUCAGAGAGUGCACACAGAAGAGAAACCCUAUAAAUGCCCCGACUGCGGGAAAAGCUUCAAGCGGAGCUCAACCCUUAUUUCACACCAGAAAAUCCACACAGGAGAGAGACCUUAUAACUGCCUGGAAUGUGGGAAAGGCUUCAGUGAACGCUCAAACCUAAACAAACAUCAGCGAAUCCACACGGGAGAGAAACCCUAUAACUGCCUUGAGUGUGGGAAAAGUUUCACUUGGAGUUCACACCUCAUUAAACAUCAGAGAAUGCACACUGGAAAGAUGCCGUAUAAUUGCCCUGACUGUGGGAAAGGCUUCAGUGACAGCUCAGCUGUUAUUAGACAUCAGAGGAUCCAUACUGGAGAGAGGCCCUAUAAAUGCCUUGAGUGUGGGAAAAGCUUCAAGCAGAGCUCAAACCUUAUGAAUCAUCAGAUAAUCCACACAGGAGAAAAACCCUAUUACUGCCCUGAGUGUGGGAAGGGGUUCAGUCGGAAGGCUCACGUCAUUUCACACCAGAAAAUACACAGGCCAGAGAGAUCCUUUAACUGCCUUGAGUGUGGGGAAAACUUCUCUAGCAGCUCUGACCUCAUUAAACAUCAGAAAACCCACACUGGAAAGACACCCUAUAAAUGUUCUGUCUGUCAGAAAAGCUUCAAGCAGAGGUCAGAACUUAUUUCACAUCAGAGAGCCCACACAAAGAGAAACUAUAAAUGUUCUGUCUGUGGGAAAAGCUACAAGGUGAAGGUCUCUCUAAUGUCCCACCAGAAACUCCACACAGGCUAGCAGUUGGCAGGAGCUCUCACUAUGGGACAAUGGGUCUGUGCUCUCCUGAAGCAAAGAGUGAAUGUCCUUCAUUGGUGGAGGGUCUGUGUAGGGGCAGCAAGUGGAUGAAAGGUUCCAGUUUCAGUGGGGGAUAGUUGGCAGCGGCAGAAGAGGAGGAAGCACUGGGGAGCUGGGUGAUUUCAGGGUCUGAGGGGAGCAGGCGAUGGGAUUAGUGGAGGACAUUUCUAUGGGAUCUACGUGCACUUUCCAAUUUAGAAGAGAGGUAAAAAUGCCCCAUUGCAGUUUGUGCCUGAGUUGUCUCUGCAGCUCCUAGGGCAUCUCGGGGCAAGGACAGGGGAAUGUUAUUCAGGGAAGCAGCAAGGGGCCCUUUGGGGCUGUAGUUACAAAGCAGGAAGAGUUGCCAAUCUGAACUAACAGGAUGUCGGAGCGCUGCUCAGUGUAUUGGAAUCUAUGCAGUCAUGAGUGAUGGGGGCAGCUGGAGAUUGGGGAAUUCAUGGUGGAGAUUCCCCAGAGAGGUGGGAACUCUGGGGGAUGCCCUUUUAGGAGUGUGGUCUAGUGGUUAGAGGGGAGAGUGGGGGAAAUGAGUUAGGACUCCUGGGUGUGAGUUAGUGCCAGUCACUUCCCGUCCUUUCUCUGUCCAUUUCUCCCAUUUCUACUGUGGAGAUAAUAGUUGUCAAACUCCAUGGAGAGUUGUAAGGGGCUGGUAAUUACUGUGUGUUCUGUAGCUCAGGAGACUGCAAGUACUUGGGAGGGAAAACAUCAUUAUUUUUAUUAUUGUUAUUACUGUGUUUUGUAGAAUCACAGAAAUGCAGGGUUGGAUCAUAGGUGCUGGAACUGGGGGUGCUGCCAAACCCCCUGGCUUGAAGUGGUUUCUGUUAUAUAAAAGGUUUAUAGUUUUAGUUCAGUGGCUCGCAGAACCGCCUCUAUAAAAAUUGUUCCAGCACCCCUGGGUUGGAAGGAACCUCGAGAGGCCAUCAAGUCCAAUUCCCUGCACUGAGGCAGGACCAAGUAAACCUAGACCACCCUUGUCAGGUGUUUGUCUAACCUCUUCUUAAAAACCUCCAAUGAUGGGGAUUCCACGGCCUCCCCUGGAGGUCUAUUCCAGAGCUUAUCUACCUGAAUAGUUAGAAAGCAAAUGAUUUUUUCUUUCCUAAGCGUACCAUUUUGCACUUGUCUUUAUUGACUUGAUUUCAGACCAAUUCUCCAAUUUGUCAAGGUCGUUUUGAAUUCUGAUCCUGUCCUCGAAAGUGCUAGAAAUUCCUCCCAUCUUGGAGUCAUCAGCAAAUGUUGUAAGCCUAUUCUCCACUCUGUUAUCCUAGUGAUUAAUGAUCGUAUUGAAUAGUACCAGAUUCAUGAUUGACCCCUGAGGAGCCCCAUUAUCUAUGUCCCUGUAGUUUAAAAAUGAACCAUUGCUAACUACUCUUUGAGUAUGAACUUUCCAACAGUUUUGUAUUCAACUUAUAGUAAUUUGAUCUAGACCACAUUUCCCUAGUUUUUCUGAGAUUGUCAUAGGGGACUGUCAAAAGCCUUACUAAAAUCAAGAUCUAUCUGCUGCGUUCCCCAUGGCCACUACACCAGUAACCCUGUCAAAGAAGGACAUUAGAUUGGUUUGGCGUGCUUCAUUCUUGACAAAGCCAUGUUGGUUAUUUCUUAUAAUCCUAUUACCCUGCAGAUACUUACAAACUGAUUAACAAUUUGUUCCAGUAUCUUUCCAGGUAUUGAAGUUAGGGUAACCAGUCUAUAGUUCUCCAGGUCUCUUUGUUUCCCUUUUUAAAGACAGCUACAGUAUUUUCCCUACUCCAGUGCUCUGGGACCUCACCCGUCCUCUGAGGUCUCAUAGAUAAUCGCUAAUGAUUCAGAGACUGGUUCAACUAGUUACUUAAGUACCUUAGUCUAGAGUCAAUUUUUGUCAGGCCAUGCCGAUUUCAGUACAUCUUACCUCUGUAUCUGUUCUUUAACCUGUUAUUUCUCUGUUCUGGCUUGAAUUCCUUCCCCCUUCCUGUUCAUAUUAAUUAUGUUAAGUAUCUGGUCAGACUAGUGAAUACUGAUGCAAAGUAGGCAUUAAACACCUCAGCCUUUUUGUCAGGGCCGGUGCAAGGAUGUCUUGCGCCCUAGGCGAAAUUUUCACCUUGCCCUCCCCCCCGCCCUGAGGCGCUUCCCGCCCUGCGGCAGCU